GUGCAGUGAGUCAGGGCCAGGGAGCUGAGGGACAAUGGUCCGGAGGGCGAGGCUUCGCGGAAUUCCUGAGAUGGGCAGGUCGUGCAGUCCCACCCCCUGCCCUAGGCUCUGCCUAAAGCUUCCGGCCAUCCAGACUGGUCACCGCCAUGGAGUUUGACUUGGCCGCAGCCCUGGGCCCUGGCUCUAAGAAGCCAGAGGGGGCAGGCCAAGUGGGAGACCCCAAACACUGUCCUCUUAAAGCGCCGGGCGGGCCAGAGGCAGGCGCUGCUCACAAGCCGAGGCAUGGCCCUGGCAGCUCCUCCGACUCCAGCAGCAGUAGCAGCUCCAGCGACUCAGAGGCAGAGGGGAAGGAGUACGCCACUGGCUGCAAGAAGCAUGAACGCUCCUCAGACAAGGCCAAGAAACCCAAAGUGAAGAAGGAGAAGAAGGAGAAGAAGGAAAAGAAGGAGAAGAAGAAGGCCCCCCAUUGACUUAUUAAACUUGCAGCCCUUUCCGCUCCCCAGCGCCCUCUGCCGGUCAGAAGCGGAGGCCGCGCCGAGCCCA